UCUAACUUAUUUAAUAUUAUAUGCAGAAACCUCCUGUCCAGUGGUUAAUUUGGAUCUGACAAUUUAUGUUAACUAGUAGAAAUUAACACUGUAGAAUCGGUUUUGCUAACCGCCCCACAGUAUGCUAGAAGUUUAGCAUGAUGCUAGCUGUGAUGGUAGGUAGCUAAUGAUAACUGACAGGAUAGAACAAUCGUCCCCAUUUGUCAUGUUAAGGACUCCUAUUAAAUCCCUACUAGAUGAGAACCCCCAUGGAUGACCUGACCCAAGCCCUCUCGGCCAGCUUUGCUGUGUCCAAGGAGCCCAACAGUACAGCAGCCCCCCACCCUCGACUGGCUCAGUACAAGAGCAAGUACAGUGUGCUGGAGCAGAGUGAGCGACGGCGGCAUUUCCUUGAGUUGCAGAAAAGCAAAAGAUUGAACUAUGUCAACCAUGCACGGCGUCUGGCUAACGGGGACUGGACGGGGGCAGACAGCGAUGGGGAGGACAUGGAGAAACAGGAGGAGGGACAGGAGCAAGAUGGCAACACAGGAGAAGAGGGAAUGGAGAUUGAGAGGAGGAAACUGCCAAAACAUUAUGCAAACCAGCUCAUGCUGUCAGAGUGGCUGGUGGAUGUGCCACCAGAACUGGUCACUGAUUGGUUAAUGGUGGUCUGCCCGGUGGGGAAAAGGUCUCUCAUUGUUGCCUCCAAGGGUUCCACUGCAGCGUACACUAAAAGCGGCUACUGUGUGAACCGGUUCCCUUCCCUGCUGCCCGGUGGGAACCGACACAACUCUGCCAUGGGAAAAGACUACACAAUCCUGGACUGCAUUUACAGUGAAGUGGACAGAACGUACUACAUCCUGGACGUCAUGUGCUGGAGAGGCCACCCGGUCUACGACUGCCCAACCGAAUUUCGUUUCUACUGGCUUCAGUCCAAAGUUCAUGAAACAGAAAGCCUAUCAGAGAUCACCAAACGCAACCCAUUCCGGUUUGUGAGCCUCCAAACCACCGACUGCACAGAAGCAUCGAUUCACAAAGCCCUGGCAGCUGAGUACAGCUUCAGUGUAGAUGGUCUCCUUUUCUACCACCGGCAGACCCACUACACUCCGGGCACCACCCCUCUGGUGGGCUGGCUUCGGCCCUACAUGGUCACUGACAUCUUGGGAAUAGAGGUUCCCAUGGGACCCCUCACCACCAAGCCUGUGUAUGCCAGCCACCAGCUGCAGCAGAUCCGGGAACACAAAAAAACCUCAAGUGAUGUUCGCCCAGCCAACAGCAGCGGAGGCUAUGAGUUAGAGUACUUGUCCACGCUGAGUGGGGACACUGGGGACUCUCCGAACUUCUUGAAGCAAAAGCCGUUAAGAGAAGCACACAUGGAUAUCUGAGCAGGAGGCUUAAUGAGAUGCAGUGUUUCUGAGUGGUGGUGGCCCACUUAUAUGGCUCUUUAGAGUGUGUACUGAAUGGCUGUGCAGAUCUGACCAAUAGCAAAGCAUGGCUAAUUGUAAUCCAGCAGUGCUCAGGAUGCCCUCAGAGUGCAGAUUAGUGGAGCUAUGCUCUAUAUAUGGUUCUACUUUGACUAAAAACUUUCAUCUUCCAUUUACAUCUACAGUACCCGCUGCAGGACUUGGAAACCAUUAGUUUCCUUGAGAAUAAGGAGCCAUGUGCGAUAACAAAAGAAGAGAUGAAAGGUGACUUUUGUGACACAUACUGCAAAGUUAAGAUAUUUUGCUGCUCUGGAAUUGUUUGCACUUAAAACAGAUCUUUACUGUUGCAAGUCCUUUGCAGGUUUUCCAUAGCUUUCACUGACACCUACACAUCAAAAAAUGCAGGAUGUUUGACCAGUACACCAGUUGGAGCAACACUAAUGGAGAGUUUUGGAUGGUGAGGUGUUGCUGACUGGUCAGACCCUGUGAAUUGAGAUCAUACUGAACAGCAGGAGCGUCAUGGCCUUUUACAAUUUCAUGUUAAAUCUAAGAUUGCUGAGAAGGUAUUUUAAAGUGUACGUUUCUAAAUAAAAGUUUUUUUUUUUAA